AUGGAGGUGCGUAACGUCAAGGACUUCCAGUGGAAGCGCCUGGCGCCGCUGCCCAGCCGCCGGGUCUACUGCUCCCUGCUGGAGAGCGGGGGGCAGGUCUAUGCCAUCGGGGGAUGUGACGACAACGGCAUCCCCAUGGACUGCUUUGAGGUCUACUCCCCCGAGGCCGACCAGUGGACCGCCCUGCCCCCCCUGCCCACAGCCCGGGCCGGGGUGGCCGCCAUCGCCCUGGGGAAGCGGAUCAUGGUGAUCGGGGGUGUGGGCGCCAGUCAGCUGCCCCUGAAGGUCGUGGAGAUGUACAACAUCGAUGAGGGCAAGUGGAAGAAGAGGAGCGUGCUGCGCGAGGCCGCCAUGGGCAUUUCUGUCACGGCCAAAGAUUACCGAGUGUACGCGGCAGGCGGGAUGGGCCUAGACCUCCGUCCGCACAACCACCUCCAACACUAUGACAUGCUCAAGGAUAUGUGGGUGUCACUAGCACCCAUGCCCACCCCGAGAUAUGCUGCCACCUCCUUCCUCCAAGGCUCCAAGAUCUAUGUGCUGGGGGGACGACAGUCCAAGUAUGCAGUCAAUGCCUUUGAGGUCUUUGACAUCGAGACUCGUUCUUGGACCAAGUUCCCCAACAUUCCCUGCAAGCGGGCCUUCUCCAGCUUUGUGACCCUGGAUGACCGCCUCUACAGCCUGGGGGGCCUGAGGCAGGGUCGGCUCUACCGGCAGCCCAAGUUCCUCCGGACCAUGGACGUGUUCGACAUGGAACAAGGGGGCUGGCUGAAGAUGGAACGCUCGUUCUUCCUCAAGAAGCGGCGGGCAGACUUUGUGGCCGGCUCUCUGAGCGGACGGGUCAUAGUCGCUGGAGGACUCGGGAACCAACCCACGGUCCUGGAGACGGCAGAGGCAUUCCACCCAGGGAAGAACAAGUGGGAGGUCCUCCCCACCAUGCCCACACCCCGCUGUGCCUGCUCCAGCGUUGUCAUCAAGAACUGCCUCCUGGCUGUGGGGGGCGUCAACCAGGGUCUGAGCAAUGCGGUGGAAGCGCUGUGUGUCUCCGACUGCUAGCUGUCCCUGGGCCCAGCACCUUUGCCCCGGACCAGAUCGCUCCACUCUUGGGCAGUUUGGGUGACUCCCCAGGAUGCUGGGUCCUGUCAGCAGCUAGUGGGGUCAGGCCCUGGGGCUCUGAGGGACCUCCCUCCACCUCCAAACCGUACCAAUCCCAGGAAACCGCAAGAAGACGCGCUGACUCCGCCAGCCUCCACCUGGAGCCCAGCAGAGCUCUGAAGAGACUCCUCCCUUAGUGCUCAGGCAGAGGAAGGCCCAGGAGUACCUGCUACCUCCCCUUCCGGUGAGCUCUGCACCGGCCUCCGGGGUAGGAGGUGGGUAGGGCAGAAGACAGCGGCCACCAUUAUGAGUCUGGGGAGGAUUGGGAUGGAAAAUGGCGAAGGGCUGCAAGGAGUCCCAAACCCCUCUUCUCUCCCGUGGUCCCCAUCCCUCCCCCAUUUGGCAGGUCAACCGCGGGCCUGCCCUAGCCCUCGUCUGCUCAGCGAGAACUGGCCUUGGAACAGGGGCCGCUGGGUUGGAAGGGAAGUCAGGUUCAAAUGGACCGGUCCAGGUUCUGCUUCCCCGCUCCUCUCCGCACUCGCUUUGUCCUUCUGCCACCCCUCCCUGGCUCUUUUGUCCCCGGCGGCCCCGGAGAGUUUCUGUGCAAAACCUCACGUACACUGUGGCAUCAAAGUCCACAA